CAAAAAAGCUUCUAACAGAGAGAAAGUGUGUGUUUGUUGUGCCCACUCUCUGCAUUUAUCAAUCAUUUCAUGUGUGUUACCUUGAUUGCAAAAAAGUGAGAAUAUAUUCUCACAACAUAAAAUCCACCCCAAAAUCGAAGUGAGUAUAUUACGAGUUUAGUAAUAUCUUAGAGAUGGUUUUGGAGGAUAGAAAGGACGGUUCUUCUUUGCCACGACCGUCCGGUAGUCUCUCCAAAUCGUCACCGUCGGAGUUGGAUGUUGUUGAUCAGUACAAUCGGAAAAGUUCGCCGGAAUCAAUUUUGGGUGCCGAGAAGGUAGAGAAAAAGCCUGGAGGAUGGAGAGCCGUCUCGUUCAUUUUAGGAAAUGAGACGCUGGAGAGACUGGGAUCGAUAGGGUUGUUGGCAAACUUCAUGGUUUAUCUAACCAAAGUGUUUCACUUAGAACAAGUCGACGCAGCAAAUGUCAUCAACAUCUGGUCUGGUUUCACCAAUCUCACUCCUCUCGUCGGAGCGUAUAUCUCAGACACUUACGUUGGCCGCUUCAAGACCAUCGCUUUCGCCUCAUUCGCCACUCUCCUCGGACUAAUAACAAUUACACUCACAGCAUCGCUUCCUCAACUCCAUCCAGCAUCAUGCAACAGCCAGAACCCACUCAGUUGCGGCGGUCCGAAUAAGCUCCAGUUCGGAGUUUUGCUAUUGGGACUCUGUUUCCUCUCCGUAGGGAGUGGAGGAAUACGACCAUGUAGCAUCCCUUUUGGGGUUGAUCAGUUUGACCAACGAACUGAGGAAGGGGCUAAAGGAGUGGCCAGUUUCUUCAACUGGUAUUACCUGACUUUCACUGUGGUUCUGAUCAUUACACAGACCGUAAUUGUGUAUAUCCAGGACCAAGUCAGUUGGAUCAUCGGUUUUAGUAUCCCUACCGGACUCAUGGCUCUUGCGGUGGUUAUGUUUUUUGCCGGAAUGAAGCGUUAUAUCUACGUUAAACCUGAAGGGAGUAUAUUCUCUGGGAUCGCUCAAGUUAUUGUGGCAGCUCGUAAGAAGCGAAAGCUGAAAGUCCCGGCGGAAGAUAAUGGCACUGUGAACUAUUACGACCCAGCCAUAAAAUCUAGCGUGUUGUCCAAGUUACACCGCAGUAACCAAUUCAGGUUUCUUGACAAAGCCGCGGUGAUUACAGAAGGUGAUCUAACACCCGAGGGAGCUCCCGCGGACAAAUGGCGUUUAUGCAGCGUCCAAGAAGUGGAAGAAGUGAAGUGUUUGAUCCGAAUUGUUCCUGUUUGGUCGGCCGGAAUAAUCUCACUCGCGGCCAUGACAACACAAGGCACUUUCACCGUCUCUCAAGCUUUGAAAAUGGAUCGAAACUUAGGUCCUCAUUUUGAGAUUCCGGCUGGUUCACUAUCCGUCAUAUCUCUCCUCACAAUCGGCAUCUUUCUUCCCUUUUACGACCGCGUUUUUGUCCCAUUCAUGAGGCGAAUCACCGGCCAUAAAUCCGGAAUCACACUCCUCCAACGGAUAGGAACAGGGAUCGUUUUCGCAAUCUUUUCUAUGAUCGUUGCGGGCAUUGUGGAGCGCAUGAGACGCAUACGCUCCAUCAAUGCCGGAGAUCCAACCGGAAUGACUCCUAUGUCGGUGUUUUGGCUUUCACCGCAGCUAAUUCUAAUGGGACUAUGUGAAGCAUUCAAUAUUAUCGGACAAAUAGAGUUCUUCAACAGUCAGUUUCCGGAGCACAUGAGAAGCAUUGCUAAUUCUCUCUUCUCUUUAUCUUUCGCCGGUUCGAGCUACCUUAGUAGUUUUCUUGUGACUAUCGUACACAAAUUCUCCGGUGGGCAUGAUCGUCCGGAUUGGCUAAACAAGAAUCUCAACGCGGGAAAAUUGGAUUACUUCUACUAUCUGAUUGCGGUUUUGGGUGUGGUUAAUCUGGUUUACUUCUGGUAUUGUGCUCGGGGGUAUCGGUACAAGGUUGGUUUACAGAUUGAAGACUUUGAGGAGGACAAGUCCUCCGAUGAUGUGGAGAUGACCUCAAAGAAAUCGAUGAAAUGAUUUAGUAGACUGGCCUUAGGAACAACAAGAAAAUUAUCGAGGUUGUUUGUACGUAUGAUUACUAUGACAAUGUAUGUAUCAUAUAAUAUAUAAGAACUAGAAUAUAUAAUAAAACUUUACUUUUCAU